GUUAUAUUAUUGUCGUGUAACAUUCUAAAUUGGUUUUUUUUAUAUAUUGUCGUCAUCUUUCUUUGAAUCUUAAAUCAUUCAAGGCCGAAUAUGGACUAUCAGAUGAACAAGUAGCCGAAUUUAAAGAGGCAUUCAUGUUAUUCGAUAAAGAUCUGGAUGGCCGUAUAACGGCAACUGAAUUAGGUAUUGUAAUGCGUUCAUUGGGACAACGUCCAUCGGAUGCUGAAUUGAAAAAUAUGGUCACCAUGGUCGAUCAGGAUGGUAAUGGUACGAUUGAAUUCAAUGAAUUUUUACAUAUGAUGUCGAAAAAAAUGAAAGAAACUGAUAAAGAAGAAGAACUAAAAGAAGCAUUUCGUGUAUUCGAUCGUAAUGGUGAUGGUUUUAUAUCGGCACCCGAAUUAAGGUUGGUCAUGACAAAUCUGGGUGAAAAAUUAACCGAUGAAGAAGUCGAAGAUAUGAUACGUGAAGCUGAUCUUGAUGGUGAUGGUCUUGUUAAUUAUAUUGAAUUUGUGACCGUUUUGAAUCCACCAAAAGCAACCUAAAAGAAGCAAAGAGAGUCAAUAAUUUAUUACAUACACAGUCAUCAGUCAAUUAAUCAUCCAAAAUAAACACACAACGAAAGAGCUGAAUCCAUUCAAGCAUCAACAUAUACACACAAACUGAGAUAUUUCAUUUGAAUUUGUUUUUCAUCAUCAUCAUCAUCAUCAUCAUCAUCAUCUUUAUUAAAAUCGUUGGAACGAUACAAAAGUAGAUUGUGCAAAAAUUGGACAACAAUCAAUCGUUGGUGGAAGAAAUUUCCCAACAAUAUAAAUACAUUUAGUUUUGAGAAAAAAUUUCCCGGAAAAUUUUUGUCUAGAUUUGGAUGUUCGAAAUCCCGGAAUCCAAAAACAAACAAACAAACACAACAAAAUGUAAAUAUAAAAAAAACAAGAAUCGAACAAGAGAAUCAAACAAA